AUGGUAACGAUGAGUAGGCUAGCUUAUACACUAUGCCUCCUGUCGCUCCAAUCAGUAUGGGCAAGCAACACGCCUGCAUACAAGAAUCCUCACCUGCCAGUUGGUGAACGGGUCGCCGAUUUGCUAGGCAGAAUGACAAUCGAGGAAAAGAUGGCGCAAUUGAUGCAGGGAGACAUAACGAACUGGAUGAAUUCCACUAGUGGUGUAUUCAAUGAAACAGGUUUGGUGGACAGCAUGCAAACGAAAGCGGGGUCGUUCUAUGGUCUAGUUGGAUAUCCCAUUUCAUGGGAAUGGCUUACUACCAAUAUCCAAAAGGGUCAAGAUUAUCUGCUCAAGAAUACAACCCUUGGCAUUCCAGCAUUGGUUCAAACCGAAGGUAUCCACGGGUUUUUGAUUGGAAAUGCUACUAUAUUCAACUCCCCAAUUGGUUAUGGAUCUUCCUGGAAUCGGGAGCUGAUUCAAAAGAUGGGUCAAAUAAUCGGCCAGGAAGCCCGCGCCCUUGGAGUUACGCAAUUGUUUUCACCUCUUGCCGAUCUGACUCGAGAGCUACGUUUUGGACGAGUAGAAGAGACAACUUCCGAAGACCCAUUCUUGGCAGGAGAGGUCACAUACAAUUAUAUUAAAGGUCUUCAAAGUCAGAAUGUCUCUGCAACAGUCAAACAUUUUAUUGGAUUCAGUAACCCGGAGCAAGGAUUAAAUACGGGGCCAGUCCACGGAGGAGAAAGAGAAUUGAGGACAACCUGGGCACCUUCUUUCAAGCGGGCCAUCAUCGAUGCAGGUGCGUGGAGUAUCAUGAGUGCCUACCACAGUUAUGAUGGAAUUCCAGCUGUAGCGGACUUCCAUACUUUGACAGAAAUACUCCGAGAUGAAUGGGGAUAUGACUACUAUGUUAUUAGUGACGCAGGCGGAACUGACAGAUUGUGCACGGCGUUCAAACUGUGUCAGAGUUCUCCAAUCGACUCAGAGGCCAUCACCCUAGCUGCUCUUCCAGCAGGCAAUGAUGUCGAAAUGGGUGGCGGGUCAUUCAACUUUAGAUUGAUACCAGAACUAGUGCAAUCAAAAAAGCUUGAUAUUAAGACUGUCGACACUGCAGUUUCUAGGCUCUUGAAGGCUAAAUUCGAAAUGGGUCUUUUUGAAAAUCCUCACCCUGGUGCGCCCUCCAAUGAAUGGAGCAAACUAAUACAUACUCCCGAGGCACAGGAACUAGCAAGGGACUUGGAUCGUGAAUCAAUCGUUUUGCUUGAAAACCACAACAACACCCUUCCAUUGAAGAAGGGGGGAAGUAUAGCUGUGAUUGGACCAAUGGCUCAUGGUUUUAUGAAUUAUGGGGAUUAUGUAGUAUACCAAAGCCAGUACCGUGGUGUUACUCCCUUGGGUGGAAUCAAAAAUGCAGUUGGGGAUUUAGCAACCAUAAACUACGCUCAGGGAUGUGAGCGCUGGAGCAACGACCAGUCUGGGUUUAAUGAAGCUAUCGACGCAGCGAAAAAAUCAGAUGUAGCUGUCGUUGUCGUGGGUACCUGGUCUCGAGACCAGGAACAAUUGUGGGAAGGGUUGAACGCGACAACAGGAGAGCACGUUGACGAGGCAGAUCUUCGUCUAGUUGGUGCCCAAGCGCCUCUUGUGAAAGCCAUCGCAGAUACAGGUGUUCCAACUAUCGUUGUGUUCUCAUCAGGGAAACCAGUCACAGAACCUUGGAUCUCAAACUCAACAGCGGCAUUAAUCCAGCAGUUCUACCCCUCAGAACAAGGAGGUAAUGCCCUCGCUGAUGUGCUCUUCGGUGAUUAUAAUCCUUCAGGAAAACUUUCAGUCAGCUUUCCUCAGUCUGUUGGCGCCUUGCCCAUCUUCUAUGACUAUCUGAAUUCCGGUCGAUCGAUUGGGGAUUCAGGAUUUAUCACUGCGAAUGAUACCAUCGUCUUUGGACAUCAGUAUGUCAUCGGCUCGCCGCUUCCAUUAUAUGAAUUUGGGUACGGCAAAAGCUACUCGACAUUCAACUAUGGCGCCGUCAAGUUGGAUAAGACGAAGGUGUCGGCUACGGAUACAGUAACAGUCAGUGUUGAUAUUACCAACGAGGACAAAACCCGCAAUGCCACAGAAGUGGUUCAGGUGUAUGUCGAGGACGAAUUCGCAUCAGUGGUCGUGCCGAACCGACAAUUGAAAGGCUUCGAUAAGGUUGUCAUUGGGCCUGGUAAAACACAGACUGUGAAGAUUUCCCUCGACGUCAGCGACUUGGGUCUUUGGAAUGUCAAUAUGAAGUACGUUGUUGAGCCUGGAGCCUUUAAUGUUCUUGUGGGCAGCAGUUCUCUGGACAUCAGGACAAAUGCGACGUUCUACGUCUCCUGA